AUGGUUAAUCCAAAGAAGGCUGAGGCGAUUAAGAAUUGCCCUAAACCAUUGAAUCCUUCCAACAUUCAAAGUUUUUUAGGUUUAGCAGGUUAUUACAGACAGUUUGUGGAAGUGUUCCAGAUGUCCUUAUUGAGAAAGUUUGUUGGUGAUCCUAACUCCAUUGUACCCUUGGACAGCAUAGAGGUUAAAGAGAGUCUUUCUUAUGAGAAGGUUCUGGUUGAAAUCUUGGACCUACAAGUUAAAAAGUAUAGGAACAAGGAAAUAGAUUCAUUUAAAGUGCUAUGGAGGAACCAAGAGAUUGAGUGUGCUAUAUGGGAAGCUGAAGCCGAUAAGAUAUCCCGAUAUCCUCUUCUCUUUCCUUCCGUGCCUAGUUAA